AUGGGUGGUGUGGGUGGUAGAUGGGAGGUGUAUGGAGGGGGGAUGGGUGGGGGGGUGGGGGAGGGGGGUGGGAUAGGUGGGGAAGGUUGGGGGGGGAUGGGUGUGUGGGUUUGGGGGGAUGGGGGGGGGAUGGGGAUGGGAGGGGUUUGGGGGGGGUGUUGGGGUGGUGGGGAUAGGGAUGGUUGGUGGGGGGGAUGGUUGAUAUGGGGGUGGAUUGUUGUUGAGGGGAUGGAAUAUGGUUGGGGGAAUUUGAGGGGGGGGGGUGGGGGAUUUUGUGAGGGGGGGGUAUUGGGGGGGGUGUUGGGAAUGGGGUGGUGGAGGGGGAUUGGGUGUAAUGGGGGGGUUUGGGGGGAAUGGGGGGUGGGGGGGUUGGGGGGGGUUAGUUGGAGGUUUUGGGGGGGGGGGUGGAUGAAUGGGGGGGGGGGAAAUUGGGGAUUGUUGGAGUGGGUUGUUUGUGUUUGUGGUGUGGAGAGUGGGGUGGUAAUUGGUGGUGUUGGGGGGUAA